AAACUAUUUCAAAAAUGUCCAUUCGAAGCCGUUACACAACGUAAAUAUUAUAAAUUGAGAUGUUUUUAUUGUUGAUUGUUAAAAAUUACAAUAAAAGCUAGGAACUUAAUAAAGUUAAUUCAUGAAUUAUGGAAAGAGAUGAAAUCGAAAAAAAUGAUGCGGGGUCUUCGAAUGAUGUUGAUUCUCGCGGUGCUGUGAAUUCAUUGAUACUCGAUUAUUACAAAAAGUUUGGUAGAAAGAGGGAUUUAGAGCAAUUCUUCUCUUUAUCGACGGCUCAGAGUGAUAUUAAGGACACCAGUGGUUUAUUUUGGCGUAAAAUGAAGAGUGAAAAUGAUUCUUCCGAUUCCGGUGGACGAAAGAGUGAUUCUUCACAAGAAGUUUGUAGAAUCUCAAUACGGUGUUCCCUGCCUGAACCUACUAGUUCCCAGGAUGAUAAUGAACAAAAAACAAAGACUGAUUCCCCACACACAGAAUCUCCCCCGAUCAUCAUUGAGGAAGUACCCGCUGAUGUAUCAAGACAGACUGAUGAUGAAUCCUUCCACUUUGAUGAUAAUAACUCGCAAAAAUCUUUAGAUGCACUUCUUGACUUAUCAACACACAAGACACAUUCCCCAACUAGUAGUAUUACUUCGCAGAGAAAACUGGAAUGGGACUCUCUUGCUGAUGUAGGGUAUGCUAAUGAAAGUGACAGAAAAAACUCAGCAUCAAGUCUUAGCACUUUGGAGAGGCUCGCUUUAAAACAACAAUACACAAAUAACGAUUCCAAACAAGAAAUCGGAAUACCCACCUCGCAUUCCACACCGAUUGACGAAAAUGAUAAUAAAUCAAAAAUAAAAAAAGGUAUAGGAAAGAAAACUAAGUUUUAUAAAAAAGAUGUUGAUUUCGUUGAAGUUAAUGUACCACAUACUUCUGACGCAAAUCCUCCUCCAUCCAUCAAUGUUAAUCUUACUAAACACAUUUCUUUCAAUGUUGAAAGGGAUGGUGGUGUUACUAUUGAUAAUGUUAAAAAGGAUGUCAGUGUAUCCUCUCCUGAAAAGGUCAGUGUAGACACGUCUUACGUAGGUAUGGACAAAGAAAUACAAACUACAUUGCCUCUAAACAAACCAGAGAAAAAAGAGAAAUCAAUCAGUCCCGAUGAAGCCCCAAAGCCAGUUGAUCCUUAUAACCAAAAAAUUCCGGUUAUGAUCAGCUUAAACACACUAAGGAAGAGAUUAAGAAAGAAAAAGGCAAGAAAUGUGAGAAGAAAAUUAAGAGUGAGAAAGCAAAAAGAGGUCAAUAAGGAUGAGACACCACAAGAGAAAAGUGGAGCUCAAUUAUCUGAAGCUGAAAGCUUUGAAUACAUGCCUGGACAUGUCUAUAAUCAGAAUAAGUUAAAAGACAAUGCACCAAUUCUAGACAAUAGUGCUGCUGGGAACAAAUCCAGUUUAGAGUCCAGUGGUCUCACUACAGAUUCCAGCAAAAGAUCCAAACAUUCCCUCACCAAAGAUUUAGAACAAUGUGUUGAGUUAUUAAAGCAUACUUUACAGAAGCGCUACGACGAUGGUGAUAUCAAGAAAAAGUUAAUAAAAGAUAUUGUCGAGAGGUUAGUCAACUCGAAAUACAGAAAUGACUAUAAUUCUGACUUUUUGUCUGGAAUUAGCAGCAAAAGACUAGGUAUGAUAGGAAACAAUACUACUACAAGCACGUCUGAUGCUAACAACACUGAAGAUAGUACAAAUAAAAAGCCAAAGAAAUCUAUUCUACGAAGCGAAAAGUUCAACGCCAAUGUAGUAGCUUCUACUUCGCAAAGUGCCCCAAACUUGUUCAGUGCUUCUAUUGAAAAGGUUACUUCGAACUUAAUUAAACCUAAUACUUCUAAUACUGAAUCAGAUGUCUCUAGUAAAGAAAAAACUUCUUCGGAUAAUGGUUUCCCUAAAACUUCAUCCGAGGAGCUGUAUUUAAAGUACUUGGAAGCUCUCAGACGCGAAGAAGCAUACAAAAGACAUUUGAAGGAUAAAGAAAUGUUCUUGAAACAGAAGUUAGUGAAGUCUGACACAUCUUUCAAAGUACCUGUAAAUCAGGAAGCAAAAAUGAACAGAAGAAUGAAAGAUUUGAUGAAAGACUUGACAAGAAACAACUAUGAUGAUGGAUCAGGAGAUGCUAGUAAAUUAGAAGGUGGCUCUUCUACCAAUUUAGACAUAGACCGAUUAAGUGCCGUAAGAAGCCAAAGAAGUCACUCUGUGUUUACUCUUUCCUCAAGUCAUUCUGAUGCCCCUAAACGACCAAAUUUAAAAAAGAAGAUUCAGGCUGAAAGGGAGAUAGAUGAGGCUGGUCCAAGUCAAGGACAUUAUUGCUGCUGUCCUCAUCAUUACUUGAAUGCAAAAACGGGGUUUUCAGACAACUCUGUGCAGGUGAAUAUUAAAAAUUGUGAUGCUGCAGUUGGAAUGCCUUGCCAGGGUAAAGGAAAAGACUGUGUGAUAAUGUUUGGCGACAACAAGAAAUCCAAUUCAGAAUGCCCCAAAAACACUUGCGUCGCUCCCGACAGUCAUAAGGGUGACAUCAAAUAUGUAUGUCUCUGUGGUGGUAAGCAGGUGUCUUCGUCUGAAGUGGGCGACAAUUUCAUGAUAUACAGGUGCUGUAAAUUGACCAAUCGUGGCAUACAGCCUGAAGAUCCUUCGAGAAUAAACACUGCUGUUCAAUGUGGAUCUUGUGAAAUGAAAGAUGACAAAAUAGAAUUACUACAACCUCCUUGUAGGUUGGCUACUUGCACAGAUAGUAGUAGUACGGAUAACACGUCAAAUGCCCGGAGACAUUCGAGAGCGUCUCAAACGAACAUGCUCAUUAACAUGUGCCUGGGCAUGAAUAAUUACCAAUCUUCAGGGUCUGAUAUAAAAAAAAUACGUGAUACUACUACUAAAAGUAUUGUGUGUGCUAAAAAGCAUUUUGUGACUGAAGCCACAAGAUGUCUUCAGACCGAAAUUAGUAUUAACCCCCAAAUCUCUGAUCCCAGGUUGUCGGACAUUAAUAUCAUUAGUAACAAUGAUUGUGCUAGACUUAUAUCGGAGCAACGUAGAAGAGUUUCCGGCUAUAGUACUGAAUCUGAGGGAGUAAAAACGUUUAGCGAUGUCAGUACUAACAGCACGUCAGACAAAUUUUUAAUACAAUCUGAAGGCAGUCUUUGUAAAUCAGAAGUAACGUCUAAACAGAACAGCGAAGAUAAAGAGUCCAGAAAGAGCUCAUUAGUCGGGAAAGACUAUACAAUUCCUAUUCAUGGUACUAAUAUGACUUUAACAGUUAAUCUGGGUGGUAAUAACGUAAAAAAUACUGGGCCAUAUGAAGCAGGCGUGGUUACUGAGAAGAUAUCCCAAGCUGAUCAAGAAACUUUAGCUAUUUGUGAAGUGUCAAAAUCUGCUCAGUGUUGCUUGAACCCAGAGUGCUCUAACAGCACAAAUACAAAUUCCAAAACAGAUGCUGCGAUUUCCACCAAAACCUCUUGCUGUCUAAAAAAUAUUACUUCGGGUUCUACUUAUAAUACGUACCCGAUGGAAACAGUGAAGGAGAAAUCUCCUUUUAAACGAUCGAACACCGAUACAGACAACAAAUUAUCAAUAAACACUUCUAUUCAAACUGAUCCGAUUCUAACGAAAGGCGAAGAAAUCAAUAAUAAUCAAGGAACAAGAGUGGAUAUCCGUUCUUCUAAGUUCAAUACUUUCGAGAAAAUUAGUCAAGUAGAACGGUCACGGAACAUUAAUGUAGCGAAAACCAAAGAGGUCAGAAUUGAUAGUAAUACUACAGAUAUUAAUAAAACGAGUAGAGACAGAUCUGAAAUUAGACAAGCCGAUUUCUGCAGUUUAAAUAGUAAAAAGAUAGAUAAUAGCAGAGCAGAAAAUUCAAAAAGCAACAAGAAUGAAUCAAAAAUUGAUAGUGACAAGGCUGGUUAUUGUUGUAAUACUGAAAAGACGGAUGACACUAGAUCAGAAGAUACAAAAAGCUCUAAGAAUGAAUCAAAGACUGAUAGUUGCAAAGGCGAUUGUUGCGAUUCAAAUAGUAAAAAGACAGACAGUACUAGAACAGGAUCUAUAAAAGGCAGUAAAUAUGAAUCAAGAAAUGAUAAUAGCAAAGCUGAUUAUUGUAAAUGCAAAACAGACAGUCCAAAAAGUGAUAACAAUUGUUUUGCAAUUGAGAAAGUAAGUGUAGGUGUGCAAAAAGAUUUAUCUACUGAACAAACUAAAAAUGUCAUCAUAGAAACUGAUGAUAUACACACCAAAAAUGUUAGCGUUGAAACUGAGUGUAGAAAGGAAUUUGGCUCAGAUGUGUGUUGUCAGACGGAUAGACUACUGAUUGAAGAUAUGGAAAAGUCCAAUUUCCAAGAGAAAAUUGAUGUUCAGGCCAAUACUUAUAAAACUUUCGAUAGUGAAACAAAAGAUAAAAAAUUACUAGAAUCUCGCUGCCAAAAUAUUGACUGCCCUAACAGUUUCAAUUCCAAAGGACCCAUCAUAGAUGUGAUACAAGACAUUACACGACGUUAUUCCAAAAAAGAUGUGUUGAAAAUUAAAAAGAACAAAUGUUUUUCGGAAAUAAUAACGGUUCUGAACUAUCUGUUGGAAACUGACGAUAGCACAGAUCCGGAUCGUAAGUGCAGCACAAGUACGGGUAUGAAAUCAAGUUCAGAUCAGGGUAAAAGAAGUAAACUGUCUGAUACUUGCUCGGAACGAAUGGUCGACAAAAGCGUACAGCUUUCAUGCAAGAAGUCAUCUAAGGAGAGCAAAGCUUGCACGGAUACCUCUGACCUUCCAUGUUCUUCAGAUUUACCAACCACAUCCUCAGAUUCCGCGGCUUGUAAAGUACUGAACAAGAUCAAGAAAGAAUGCGAGAAAUUUCACCAAAAAGUGAAAUGCAAGGGCAGAAAAUGCGAAGUCUCUAGUAGCACUUCCAUUAACUGCGAAAAAUGCAAAAAGGUUCACCAUUGUGCCUGCAGAAGUCACAAAUGUAAACGAUCAAAGGCCUUUGAGAAGUUGCAGAAGAAAUGUAUAGCUUACAACUUGAUCAUACAAACUUCAGAGAGUAUGCUGAGCGAGGAAACCAUGUGUGAGAAUAAAAGUCGUCCUCUAAAAAAUGUUGUUUUGAAAGUCCCGAAAAAUAAAGGGAAGAAAGAGUGUUGUUAUAAAGGAGACCAAGAAUCUCGUCGGACGAGUCCACAAAGAAGUCCUAAAUGUAGUAAGAAUAGGCCGAAGAGUGGUCGCCGCGAGAGCGAAACAUCUGAUGAUUUUUCUAAAAGAAUUGAGAUGGCUACCGUUAGAGAAUAUUUGGAACAGAAUCGUCCAGACUUUGUGAAGAAUACGUCUCAGAGACAGGAUUGUUUGAAGUUCAUCAGUGAGAGAAGAGCAAAUGAACGAACUGCCAAACGGGACUUAUUAUCAUUGCACGUGGAAAAACAACCAGAUCUGACAAGCCUCACUUCUGAGGAGCUACGGCAGCUUGCCAAGGAUAUCGGACUUGAUUUGCGAAAGAAGAGAACUGCCCCAAAAUUUAUUAGUGAACGUGAAAUGAAGAAGCAUUCGGAGAAGAUUUACAAAACAUUGCCAGAAGUUGUACAAAAGAAGGAAGAAAAGAAGAAGGAGAAUAUUAAGAAGACUAAUUUAUUGAUGGCUAAUAUAUUUAAAAAGAAUCUCCAAAAGCAAGCGUUGCGGGGGUCAGUGAAUCUUUCCAACUACAGUACUGUUAUAAAAAUUUGACACUACAGUAUUUUUCUCUGUUAAAUUUGACCAAAUGUAAUGUUUAUAUAUCAGCCCGUUGACCAAUUGUUAUGUAUUCAUGUUUGUCCCAGAAUUUAUAAGGGUGUCUGCC